GCCCUGUCACAGAAACCGCACUUAAACGUAUCUCUCUCUACCCUUGAGGAGUUUUGGCUAUCUAUACUCUAUAUACGAGCCAAGGCAGAAGCUGUAAGAGAGAGAAAGAAAGACUUUUCAGUCAAGAAGAGACCUUCUCUAUCAUAUAUGCUGUGAGUAGGAGUACUGUGCAUGCACAAUACAAAAGCUUAUGUAGAGAUCAAAAUAUAUGAUGUUUUAUUCCAUUUUGUGUUUUUGGAAUAGCUGAGAUCAUGCAGAAUUGGUUUUGAUGCUGAUAAGGAGUAAUAUUGGAAACUUGUCGGUGGCCUGAGAAACGAUGCCAAGCAAGCUAUGGUUUGCACCACUAAUGAUUUAUCAGCAUGGAAGGAUUUUCCAAAGGGCCUCAGAGUCCUUCUCCUUGAUGAGGACAGCAUGUCUGCUGCCGAGAUAAAAUCGAAACUGGAAGCAAUGGACUAUAUUGUUUAUACAUUCUGCAAUGAGACUGAAGCGCUCUCUGCAAUUUCAAAUGAACCUGGAAGCUUCCAUGUUGCUAUAGUGGAGGUGAGCAUGAGCAAUAGCAGCAGGAGUUUCAAGUUUCUAGAAACUUCGAAGGACUUGCCAACCAUUAUGACUUCAAGCAUUGAUUGCCUGAACACCAUGAUGAAGUGCAUAGCGCUUGGUGCAGUUGAAUUCCUUCGGAAACCACUCUCUGAAGAUAAACUGAGGAAUAUAUGGCAGCACGUCGUUCAUAAGGCAUUUAAUGCAGGGGGGAGUGUUCAGUCCAAAUCACUGAAGCCUGUCAAAGAUUCUGUAGUUUCCAUGCUGGAGCUCAAAGAUGGACUCGAAGAAAAUGAGAAUAAGAACAUGGAGAAAACAGAAAAUGUGUCUCAGGCUCAGGAAAGUAAUGAGCAGCAGUCACCAGCUAGUGACAAGUAUCCGGCUCCUUCAACCCCUCAAUUGAAACAAGGAGAGAGACUGCUGGAUGAUGGAGAUUGCCAAGACCAUAUUAACUGUUUAAUAGAAAAGGAGAGUGUGGAGCAAGAGGGAGAUUCUAAAUCCGUUGAAACUACUUGUGCCAUGUCUGAAGAAACUCUACAGGCAGGGGAUCCUCAGAGCUUUACAGAGACUGUGAUCAAAGAGGAGGAUGACUCAACUGAUGGUGUCAAGAGUGAGAAUAACAUGUGUCCCAAUUCACAAAAUAAAGACACUCUCAACCAUUCAAAUGGUUGUGCUGAAAAAGCUUCUAGCCUUCAUAAUUCCCAUGGGACUAGAGCUAAUAGAAAGAAGAUGAAGGUAGACUGGACACCAGAGCUUCACAGAAAGUUUGUGCAGGCAGUGGAAAAACUAGGUGUAGAUCAAGCGAUUCCUUCAAGAAUAUUAGAGGUAAUGAAAGUGGAAGGCUUGACGAGGCAUAAUGUAGCAAGUCAUCUGCAGAAAUAUCGAAUGCACAGGAGACAUAUUUUGCCCAAGGAAGAUGAACGGCAGUGGACGCAGCAUAGAGAUCAAGUACAAAGGAGUUACUAUCCACAUAAACCUAUCAUGGCGUAUCCUCCAUAUCAUUCUAACCAUGCUCUCCCACCUGGUCCGGUCUAUCCUAUGUGGGGAGCAACAGGUAGUCACACAGCUGGGGUGCAUAUGUGGGGCCCCCCCGGCUACUCCCCAUGGCCCCCGACAGAAAGUUGUCAUUGGAAGCCUUAUCCAGGGAUGCAUGCAGAUGCGUGGGGUUGCCCUGUGAUGCCACCACAUAAUCCUUAUUCUACCAUUCCUCAUUAUGCAUCUGGGUUUCAGAGUGCCAGCAUGGUCAAUAACAGCUGUGGUAUGCCACAAAAACUGUUUGACCUACAGCCGGCCGAGGAGGUUAUCGACAAGGUAGUGAAAGAGGCAAUCAACAAGCCAUGGCUACCUUUGCCCUUGGGCCUCAAGCCCCCGUCUGCCGAUAGCGUCCUAGCAGAGCUCUCCAGGCAAGGCGUCUCAUCAAUUCCUCCCCGCAUUAAUGGCUCUAAUUCCUUCUAAUGUGGGUGGUGCCAUUUCAUCAGAUUAUGCUAAAGCCGAUUCCAGUUCUCCUGGUCCUUCAUCAAUCGAAGAUAGACUCUACCAAUCAUAACAAAUUUUUCGACCUAUAUAAUUUGACACGUACACAGCAAAUUCUCAAGUGGCUUGAGACCAUCAAUCUUCAACAGACAAGUCACGUGUCUUUGAAGUGCAUGCGCAGGAGCUGACAUCAGGCCACAUAGUCAGAAAGGUCUCACCGAUCCCGUCAAUGGCACAGUAAGCAGUCAUGUCCGUAGAGGCAGCUUAAACGGCUAUGAAAGAGCCAUGUAGAUCCACCAUGCACCUCAUGUCAAAUUUGUGGUUGUGAAUGGAUCAUCCUAAGAAAGGGCGCGUUGCCCUUCCGGGUGUUCUGUUUUUUUGUAGAUAAAAAGCCUGAGAGCUUUGAUCCAGGAGUAGCUGAUGGGGUCCUUGUUUGGUGCUGUAAUAAUGGGAAAUGAGGGUGAUAGAGAUAUUGCUCUGUGCUCCAUGGACUUUUCAAUAAAGUUGAGAACUUGACAUGGAA